UGAUUAAAGACGGUGUGGAAUUCUAAUUUGAGAUGACCUAAUAUUUUCGGAAUACGCUGUGAUGAACUAACACAUCGUAUACAUAUCAUCCCGACAGCAUCAACCGUGAUGAGAACAGUCCACUUCUCCAUUCUCUGGACCCUUCAAGGUGUAUUCCUAAUUCUCCCGACAUCCCACAUCAAACCAAGGAGAUUCCUUUGAUAAGAACAUUUCUGGAUCUGUGACGUAUCACUGAGAUGUCUGAUCAGGGUGAGCUGUACGAGAAGUGUUGGCUUCUGUAUCACAUCCUAGACAGGUCUAUAGGGAGCCGGGAGACAGUGGCUGUCAGGAGGACACAGACAGUGGUGGCGGAUCAACUACAAAAUGCUGGCGGAAGUUGCAACGUUAGAUUUUCAACGGGAAGUAGGGCAGAAGGAAUGUUUGUAACGGGGUCGGACGCUGACACGAUGUAUACUUGCAAUUAUGUUAUAGUUUUGUGCCCAGAUCAGGACAUCAGUCAACUGGACACCGCAAAUAAAGUAAUUUUAAUGAUGAGAAAGGCUAGAAGCCGACCUGGUUAUGUAGACCUGGAACUACUUCAUCGGGGACAGAUUUGUAUGUCAUGUUUUGAGCAAUCUAUUGUUCCAGUAGGUGAUUCACUUUUCGUAUCAAGUGAAAUAUACCGACAGACAAUUACUGAUCGCAUGAGUAAAUUCGGUCAGAUACAUUUAGAGAGUCAUGGCCCAGCAACUCUGUUUAAGGGUGGAGACAAUUUCACGGAAUUAGAUACUGUAGUUUCCUUUCCUUGUUAUAAUUGGCCAAGUGAAGCUAAUGAGUGGAUGAAUAGACCACGCCUACAUGGCUGGCCAGAUAAAGCUUUGAGAGAUCAGAUAGUACAAGGUGGCUGUCAUCUAGUCCCUGUAGGGGAUAAAACGUCUGCUGAUCCGUUCCUACAGUGGAGAAUAUCCUUCACGACUGCGGAAAGGAAACUCUUUCAUUCUUUAACGCAUGUCCAGUUGUUAGUAUAUGGACUUCUUAAGUACUUCCUGAAACAGAUAUCUGGAAUUUUGGAACAAAUGUUAGGUGAAGCAGAUAUUCUGUCUUCCUAUAUUAUAAAAACAAGUAUAUUAUAUGCAGUAGAAAGCACAAGUGAAUCAUUUUGGCAGGAAAAACAUACGUUUCUAUGUUUCAUGUUUUGUUUGAAGAUUUUGAUCAAUUGGGUGAAAGCAGGAUACUGUCCAAAUUACUUUAUUAAGAAAAAUAAUAUGUUCCUUGGCAAAGUUCAUGGCCAAAAUCAACAGAAACUUCUUCGUUAUCUCACUGUCCUCCAUGAUAUGAACUGGAAUUGUCUUUCAGUUGGAACAGUCAUACAACCAACCAUUGGAGAGCGCAUCCAUAGUGUGAGGAAUGGAGUAUGGGAUUAUGUUCUACCUUCACCAACACGUUCAGAACGUGAACGUGAUUUCGAAAUAUUACACAAUAUUCCAUUGCAUUUAAUCCUUCAUGCUGAUAAAAUUCCUUUGUCGUUGGAACCCCUUUCAGCAUCAAAGUCGGACAUAGAUGAAUUCAUAGCUUUCUACGCUACUGUUCAGUCACUAUCUUGUAAAGGGAUGAAGAUGUUUGGUGAACACAUCAAUGGUAGAGGAAAUAAAGAGAAGUACAAAUCUCUUUGGAAAUGCAAGAACCUACUAAGACCAUUUUCAACAAUGUGUACAAGUCCAGGCCUACUUGGUUUGGCAACAUAUCACUAUCAGACUGGGAACUACAUGAAAGCACUUGAAAUGUGUGAUCACAUGACGACUUCAUCCAAAUUUUAUCUCGAUGGUAUCAUAGACUGUAAGGAGGAUUGGGACAGGUAUGAACAGCGCUAUUGUGGAUGUGGGUACAACCUACUGCAAAAAUGUCAGGCAUUUGUAACAGACAUGAGGUUCAGUAAAAACACUUUACAGUUCUGUCCAUUCCAGUUACAACAGGUGAUCACAAGUAAACGUGAAAUCUGCCCACCACACCUGCUACAGCUCCUCCCACCCCAGUUACAACAGGAGUGGACAACUUACUCUGACAGAAUGAUAUUCUUAGUUCCACCCCUCCCUUACGCUGUGUUCCUGUCUUUUCUGUGUUACCAUGAACUGGGGGACACUAGGAGACGUGACACAGCAUUGAUUCAUCUUCAGACCGUAAAGUAUGUCGAGGGACAGGGAGUCGGUGACCACUGGAUAGUACACAAUCUCUUGGGGAUCUGCUAUGAAAUGGUUGGAGACACACAUAGGGCUCUCAGGGAGUAUAGGGACUCUCUUGGUGUUCCAUCAAUGUCUCAGCUUCUGAACCCUGCCAGGGAGUUGAUUGAACGUUUACAACACGUACAUUAAAGGCAAUCAUGCGACAAUCAAUAUAAUACUUGCACAUUUGGCCAGUAUUUAAGGUAUACACCAUAACAUUCAGGAACUUCAUUGUUCUGCCCACACCAGUUACAUCUUGAGAUAAAAUAUCUUUUCUGACCGAAAUCAAUUCCCAGAUGCAUCCCUCCCUUCCGCCGUGUUCCUGUGUUUCCAUGAGCUUGGAGACACCAGGAGACGUGCUACAGCAUUGAUUCCUUUUCGGGCCGUGAAACAUGAUGAGAGAUUGAAAGUUGGUGAGCACGGGAUAGUACAUAACCUCUUGGAGACAAUCAAAGUUAUACUUGUACAUCGGCCAGUAUUUAAGUUAUACAGACUAACACGAUACUUAACAUGUGUAUAGAUUUUUAUAGAUAUGGUUGAGUAUGACUAUAACCCCCCACCAACCACCCCCACCCCCCAAACCCAACCCAAUCAAAUCCCCCCCAAAAAGAUAAAAAUAACUGUGACUUUCAUCAUCAACAACUUCAGUUGGGUGAGGGUACUGUCAUCACACAGUUGGGUAGGGGUACUGUCAUCACACAAUUGGGUGAGGGUACUGUUAUCGCACAGUUGAGUGGGGGUACUGUCAUCACACAGUUGGGUGGGGUACUG